GUUGAUUAGAGCAUAACCGGAGUGACACGUUGAACUCGCCAUAAUCAAGGAACCCUUUUCCGGGUGGGGAUCUCUGAAAUCACUCAGUGAGCAACCCUAAUUAACCUGAUUUUUUGCUGAUAAUCACUCUCAAUGGAAUCAAAUCACAAAUCCGGGGAUGGAUUGAGCGGCACGCAGAAGGAAGCAGCCCUCCGCGCACUGGUCCAGCGCACAGGAUAUAGCUUGGUCCAGGAAAAUGGACAAAGAAAAUAUGGCGGCCCUCCACCGGGCUGGGAUGCUGCACCCCCAGAAAGAGGCUGUGAAAUUUUUAUUGGAAAACUUCCCCGAGACCUUUUUGAGGAUGAACUUAUACCACUAUGUGAAAAAAUUGGUAAAAUUUAUGAAAUGAGAAUGAUGAUGGAUUUUAAUGGCAACAAUAGAGGGUAUGCAUUUGUAACUUUCUCAAAUAGACAGGAAGCCAAGGAUGCAAUCAAGCAACUUAACAACUACGAAAUUAGAAACGGGCGCCUCCUCGGGGUGUGUGCCAGCGUGGACAACUGUCGACUGUUUGUGGGGGGCAUCCCGAAGACCAAGAAGAGAGAAGAGAUCUUAGCAGAGAUGAAGAAGGUCACCGAAGGCGUCGUCGACGUCAUCGUCUACCCGAGCGCCGCAGAUAAGACCCGAAACCGGGGCUUCGCCUUCGUGGAGUAUGAGAGUCAUCGCACGGCUGCCAUGGCCCGAAGGAAGCUGCUGCCAGGAAGGAUUCAGUUAUGGGGACAUCCUAUCGCCGUAGACUGGGCGGAACCGGAAGUAGAGGUUGAUGAGGACACGAUGUCGUCGGUGAAAAUCUUGUACGUGAGAAAUCUGAUGCUGUCUACCUCGGAAGAGAUGAUUGAAAAAGAAUUCAACAAUAUUAAACCAGGUGCUGUGGAAAGGGUAAAGAAGAUCCGAGACUAUGCUUUUGUGCACUUCAGUAAUCGAGAAGAUGCUGUUGAGGCUAUGAAAGCUUUAAAUGGGAAGAUGCUGGAUGGUUCCCCCAUUGAAGUGACCCUAGCCAAGCCAGUGGACAAAGACAGUUAUGUUAGGUACACCCGAGGCACAGGCGGAAGAGGCAGCAUGCUGCAAGGAGAGUACACCUACUCUUUGGGCCAUGUUUAUGAUCCCACCACGACCUACCUUGGAGCUCCUGUCUUCUAUGCUCCUCAGGCCUAUACAGCAAUUCCCAGCCUUCAUUUCCCAGCCACCAAAGGACACCUUGGCAACAGGGCCAUCAUCCGAGCUCCUUCUGUGAGAGAAAUUUACAUGAAUGUACCUGUAGGGGCCGCGGGAGUGAGAGGACUGGCCGGCCGUGGCUAUUUGGCCUAUACAGGCCUGGGUCGUGGAUACCAGGUCAAGGGAGACAAGAGAGAAGACAAACUCUAUGACCUUUUACCUGGGAUGGAGCUCACCCCAAUGAAUCCUGUCACUUUAAAACCCCAAGGAAUUAAGCUUGCUCCCCAGAUAUUAGAAGAAAUUUGUCAGAAAAACAACUGGGGACAGCCAGUGUAUCAGCUGCACUCGGCCAUUGGACAAGAUCAGAGACAACUAUUCUUAUACAAGAUAACCAUUCCUGCCCUGGCCAACCAGAAUCCUACAAUCCACCCCUUCACGCCUCCGAAGCUAAGUGCGUACGUGGAUGAAGCAAAGACCUACGCGGCAGAGUACACCCUGCAGACCCUGGGCAUUCCCACCGAUGGGGCCGACGCCCCCACCGCGGCCGCCGCCACCACCUUCCCAGGAUACGCAGUUCCCAAUGCAGCGGCGCCUGUGUCCGCAGCCCAGCUCAAGCAAGCAGUGACCCUUGGACAAGACUUAGCAUAUACGACAUAUGAGGUCUACCCCACUUUUGCAGUCACUGCCCGAGGGGACGGAUAUGGAGCCUUCUGAAGAUAUCUUUCUUUUAAUUUAAGACACACAAAACUCUAUCUAGAAGAAAUAAACCUCUCACUGAGUUUCCUUAUGAUCAGAAGUCAUACUUUUUCUAAAGGGAUGCCCUUCCUGAGACCGUGCAGCUUAUGCUAAUUCUAGAGUCAUGACAUGAGGACAUAUUCCCUGUGAAAUGUGAUGUCAAGAAGCCUUUUGCUUGAAGAAAUCUUAAGAGCCAGUGCCCCCCAAAAGUUAUUUCUCCCAGGUUCCUGAGUGACGUGGGCAUGCAUCGACAUGAAGAGAGAUCUUUUAACCAGCAAAUGUUCAGGGGGCUGAGCAGACCUGGCCCGGCAGGAGCAACAGAGGGAGGCAAGUAAACUCCAGAGUCUUAACCCCAGCUCACAGCUGCUUUUGUGAUCCACGAAGUCACAGACAGGAAGGGGGAGGGUGGAGGAUGCUGUCAGAAAUGCCUACCCCGUUGCCCACCGCAUGGGCAUCUCCAUCUCAGGUCAGAACCUAUGAAAGACAGCCCAAGAUUUGAUGGGGCCAGCAUCACUUCAGGUGUAAAAUCCUACCUCCUCUAUCUGUCCUAGGCCCUGUCACCCACAUCCCCUGGGGACCUCCUGGAAUUCAAUGUGAUGUGUUACAGAUAAGGAUAAAAUGAAUCCAAGCCUGUUUAUUAAGCUCAUCAGCCCACACCUCUUCUUCCCUGGAGCACCUACCCUUCCCAAGGAUCCUCCAACACAAUAAUCAUCCCAACUUAAAAUGGCUUCUCAUUUCAAACAUUUUGACUCGUCCACAUGGAUUUGUUUUCCUACCAGUUUCAUUUUGCUCGUAUCUCGUGCCAUAAAAAAAAAUAGCACAUCAAAUAUACAGACUAUCACCUAGGAUGCUUUUUCCUAUUCAGCAAAUGGGUUGUAAAGUCAUUUCAAACAGAGACGUGAAGAUCUACUCUCAUUUUUUGGUCUUCUUGCAGCACCCAGACCAGCAUCCAGCAUUCAGAGACAGUUGGGGCUGGCCUUGGACUGUCUAACCCCUUAUAUGAAAUCUGCCAAGAAAUCCUCUGCCUUCCCUUCCUUCUGUUUUCAACAAGUGUCAGACAGCUUUACAAUAUCUGAGUCCUUUGGUCUUGAAGGCAUCACAGAAAACCUUAAACUUGCCACUGCUGAUUAGAAGCGGAUUCUUAGACUCCCAGCAAGGAUGUUAGUGACCAAAGUCCCAUGGGCUUAGGGCCUCUCUGCAGAAACAUCUCCUGGGGAUGUAGGUGCUACAAAAACUGGGGUUGGAGGGAGCAGAGGCACUACUUUCUUGCCAUUCUUGUAAAUGACUCUUUUUGUUCAAAACAGAAACAAUCGAGGUCUGAACUCCAAACACCUAUCACUACUGCUUCUGUCUCAUUCGUGGUUUAAGACAUAUGGUACCAGAAUUUCCGGGGGGAAAAAAAAAUCCCUUGGCCCUGGUAAAAUUCUACAGGACUCAAAGGGAAACAUAAACCCAAAGACAGAAAAAUUUGUCAACUCUUGAAUGGACUCCUGGGAUUCAACAUCAGCCCAGAUUCUAGUCAAAAUUGGCUCAAUUCCAAUAAUCAUUGCAAGUCCUUGUAACUGUUCAGUUCCAUUAAGUCCAUUCAGAUAGCAAAGACCUCAAGGCCGCAGCUCACACUCUGAAAGGUUCGGUGCUUUUGGCUUUACAUUUUGCAGCUCAAACUCCGGAGGCCAGUGGUUCCUGAGCUUGGCUGUGCAUUAGAAACAGCUGGACUACCUUGCAGAGCGCAUGACAAGAUGACGCCUGGCACCCAUUAGGUAGGGUACCAUGGGGCAGGAGCCUGGCCUCAGUGUUUCAAGAUCUUGGGUGAUUUCAAUGUGCAGCUCACUUUGGGAACGGCUCCGGUCUGUCCAUUUCCAGCCAACCCUUAAUGUUUUCUUUAAUUUAUUUCACUUUCAUUAAACAGAAAAAUGCAAGAAAAAAAUCUGUCUAAGGCAAAACGGAUAGCCAACUCAUAGUUUUGCAAAUAUUCAUCUCAUAAGACGUACAAACUCGAAUAUAAUUCACAUUGGCUUCAAACUAACUCUUGGACCAAACGAAUAUUUUUAAAUGAGAAAGUGAAAAAUUCUCCCAUCAGCAGUUCUGAGGUCCAAAUCUACAUUCCGGCACAGACCUGCUUUUAUACUCAGAAAGAAUAAUGACCUUGGGGCAGGCAAGUUCCUACUUAGUCCAAAAAGGCAUUCCAGAUUCCAAGAGUGAAAGUUUUAAUGUUCUUUAAAAAUCUUCAAAUAUUGAAAACACUGCUCUGCAUGUCCAGCCAGUGCCAAGUCGAAGGUCUGAUCCAGAGGAGGUUUAAAUUUAAUCAGAACGGACAAUUAGUUAAUAUGGGAAUCUCUUACGAGAAAAAAGAAGCAUUAUUCCAGAUUAAAUCAUCAUAAUUUUUUUUUAAGGUUAAGAACAGAAACCUAAAUAUACAAAAACGGCAAAUUAUCAAGAAAAUUGCUAUGGGAACACCCUUGCUUAAGGAAACACAAGUAUUUGUACACUAACCUCCUAAGGACUGAUUUUAUUCAAGUGAGUAGAAGUGGUUUUAGUAAGAUCUAGAAAAUAUUCUGAAUUCCAUUAGAACAUACUCAUAGGAAGUAUCAAUGUGUCUACUGUGCCAUCCGUGUGUAUUUACUUUGUCCAAAUUAAGUAAUGGAGAGCAACUACAGAGCUCCACAAACUCAUUAUACGGCUCUAACGAGUUUGAAACUUCAAAAAAUAGGAUUGUUAAAAAUCAUGUGUGGAACCAAAGGCUUAUUUUGCGUGAUGUUUAUGUUUUUGGACUUUGGAAAUUCUUGUGCAUCGACAUCUAUUUUUUUGUUGUUAUUUCUUACUUUAUUGCUUCCUAGGGGGAAAAAAAGACUCUUUAUAGAGGAAAUUCAAAUGAGUCAGCCAACCAAAAAUAAAAAUAAAAAUAAAAUGAGUCAACCAACCAAGUGAUAACAGAAUACCCAAACCAAUAAUUUAGAAGCAUCUAGUAAGUUAGAAUUGAGCUUCUAAAUUUUGGUAAUGAAAAGCUUAGUGAAAAUUAAAAAUCAACUGUGAGAUGAGACAUUUAUUUUCUUACCUGUAAAAAUGCUGCCUAUUCUCAAAUUGCUGUGCUUGCUUCCCACCCCAUUCCUAUCACUAAAAGACCAUCUUUAAGUUCCACCCCUACCCAAACCUGGUAUCAUGCCAAACCACACCAUGUUUGGGUAAAAGCACCCAAAAUGCUGCUAGAAAGCUACCUCGUGUUAAGAAAACACUGACUUCGACAAAUCCCUAAGAACCACAGUUCUUUGACUUUUUAAUGAUGGAUGGAAAUCACACUAUAGCUAUGUCUUGACAAUAGUUACUCAGGAAAUUAGUUUUAGUUUUACUUAAAAGUUUAAAAGAAAGAAUACAUACGUUCUUCCAAUCACAUAGACUUUUCUUAGUUUUCCAUAAAUAUCACCUCCAAUAACGUCUGACGUAUAUUCAUUUUCACGCUAUUUUUCAAUAACUAUUUUAUAGUUCAGUCUUGGCUCACAGGGUCACAGUGUGAAUCCAUGGGGGACGGGGCGGUUCUCCGGGGUGCCUUUCUCAGGAAUAAGGGUCAGUAAAGAAAGUAUUGCAAGUAAAUUGUCCUUGUUACGCAAAGCUACGAAGAAGUCUGAUAAAAUGAAAAUGUAUCACUGCUGCGUGACUCCAGGCCUACCCAAGAUGUUCCAAAAGCAACCUACAACUAAACGUGAACAAUGACCCCCAAGAUAAUAUGAAUUAUCCCCUCCUCGCAUCCAUACAGAAAUUCCCAGGAGAUGAAAGGUAACUUGCAACUCAACCUGGAGACCUGGCACUUUUUCAUAUCUCUUCCAGAUACAUUUUUAUGUAUCAGAGAUACAAUCUGUUCGAGAUGAAACUAAGCUUCAACUGUGACACUUUUAGUGAACUUUGUGAUCCUGUUGAAAGAAAAUAUUCCUAUUAACAGCAUAAUUUAGGAAUUUGAAUGUACCAUGGAAAGACAGAGAAACAUUCCUACCUGACGGGCAAUAGUGAUCUUCCUGUUUCUGUACUUCUUUUCUUACUCUUUCAUUAUUUUCUUCACUAAUAUUAAGAACUAAGCGAAUCCUAAUCUUCUAUUGCUAUAAACCCACAAGCUCUACCCCGUAGGGUGUAUGAUCAUUCUGUAUUCACUACGCACCUUCUCUAACGCCAGGAACUAUGAAUGUGUGAGCGGUGUGUGCGUAUUUCCACAGCGGGGUACGCGGUCUGGUGAUCCAUUCUGCGUUUUUAUAAACUGAAUAUGAUUGCACUUAGGUUCACCAGUUGGCAGCUCAUUUCACUUAGUCAGAAUCCCCACCAUGAAAUCAAACUCUGUUCUAAAUUUUAAGAUUCAACUAUUAUUGCCAAAUACUAGCUGGACACCGUAAGUCCUUUUAGAGAUUCAUUUUAACUCUUCACCUAUUAUUACUGCUGUUCAAGUAAAAUGAGUCUUCAAGUAUGUUCCCCAGGAGAAAUACAAAAGACAGUGUAAAAAAUAAAAAAAAGAAGGAACGAUUUUUUUAGAGGUCCAGAAGCUUUAAAACAUGCGACUGACAAGUUCGCAUGCUGAUUCGUGAUGUUAAAGAGCAGGUACUCAAGCUUGGCUGUUCUCUUGAACACAUUUUGGUUAUUAACUAUUUUUGUUUUUUUUUCUUUCUUUUUUCUUUUUUUGUUUUCGAAAUAUACUCGUGUUUAUAAAAUUCAAAAAUCUUCUUAACAAGCCUCAUGUAUAUGUUUUGCAAUAAAUGACCUGCAAUGAAGUAUACAUGUUCUAUUCAGAUGUACAUUUUAUUUUGAAAUUUGGCACUUUCCACUGUAAUUCCUAAGAGAUCUGGGGGAUGGUAGGAUAAGAGCCGCAGAUAAGUGUAUUGAAAUCAAUCUAUCGUUAUCAGGGGUUUAAAUGUUUGAUGUGAUUAUUGGUAAUUUUGUUUCUAUUCCUUCAUGAGUUUUUUUUUUUUCCUACUUUUCUGCCUGCAGUAGAGCCAGGUAUCAUUAUUCCCUGCCAACAAAAAUAAUACUGUCGGCAAUAUGCAUUUCUCUUUUCCAGGUGUUUAACCAUCUUUUGCUUCUUGUCCUUUUUUGUUAUUAAUGACUUUAUUUAUGUGACGUUAGUUAGCUGAGGUACCAAAAGAGAGAGAGAGAUUAAAAACAGUAUUAAAGAAGGUGCAAAAGGCACUUAUUUUUGUACUCUGAGUACAGUAUUUUAUAGAACUCUGGUCGGUCUAAAUAUACUAAGUAAAAUUACAACAUCCGUUCAUUGGGAAAAUGAUCAUUGGUUUGGAAGAUGUAAACAUAAUGGUACCACAGGAUCAUAAAUCACAUGAAAUGAAAGGUAAUGCAGUAUUGUGAUGACUCGUGUAAUUUCAAGAUGACAAAGUGGUUUCAGUUGAAUUUUCAAGUAACAUUAUAAAGUUUUAAAAGUAUCAACGUGAGUUG